AUGUACCUCUCUCGAACUCCAUUCUGUAGGAAAGCACAUUCUUUGACUUUGCGAUUAUUCGGAAAAGGCUGUGCAGAGCUUGAUAUGUCUUCCAUACAGGGCGAACCAUCGAUGGUAUCAAUCGAGAUUGAAUCAACUAAAAAGAGAGAAAUUGAGGUUUCUGAAAAACCAAUUGCAAGUGCUGAUACGACAGUUUCUACUUCCAAAUGUAAUGCUAAAACUUAUUUCCAAGAUUUCUGUCAUUCGUUCAAGAGGAAAGACUCUGAUUUAGAUUCUGAUGUAGAAGCCCAGGAUACACAAUUAUCCAAGACCAUCAAGAGCCGUCAUUUGCUAAUGAUAAGUUUGGGUACCGGUAUUGCCACUGGGUUACUUGUCGGUAACGGUCAAGUUUUAGCGAAAGCAGGUCCAGCCGGUUUAAUUAUUGGGUACACUGUUUCAUCAAUAAUGAUAUAUUGUAUUAUUCAUGCGGCGGGUGAAUUGGGUAUUUGUUAUCGUGGGUUAGUGGGGAAUUUUACUCGCUAUCCAUCCAUUUUAAUUGACCCUUCAUUAGGAUUUGCCAUUUCAUUACUUUAUACACUACAAUGGUUGACGGUUCUACCUUUACAAUUAGUCACCGCGGCAAUAACUAUUUCCUUUUGGACUGAUGUAAACCCCGAUAUUUUUGUUCUUUGUGUUUUCAUUGUGGUAAUCAUAGUCAAUCUCUUUGGUGCAAGGGGAUACGCUGAGACAGAAUUUUUCUGUAAUUGUUGCAAGAUACUAAUGAUUACUGGGUUUAUUAUAUUAUCUAUUGUGAUAAUUACUGGUGGUGCUGGUAAAGAUGGUUACAUUGGUGCAAAAUAUUGGAUUCACCCGGGACCCUUUGCCCAUGGGUUUAAAGGUGUCUGUACAGUAUUUACCUAUGCCGCCUUCAGUUAUGGUGGCAUUGAAGUGGUUGUACUAAGUAUUGAUGAACAAGAAGAUCCCGUAUCCGCGGUUCCAAACGCGUGCAAGAAAGUUGUUUACAGAAUAUUAUUAAUUUAUUUACUGACAACCAUCUUAGUUUGUUUCCUCGUACCCUACGAUAGUCCCAAUUUACUAGGUUCUUCUCAUUCAGGAUCUCAUGCUUCACCUUUCGUCAUUGCCAUUGAAUCACACGGUGUGAAAGUGGUCCCACAUUUCAUCAAUGCAGUCAUUUUAAUCUCAGUGAUAUCUGUAGCCAAUUCUUCAUUGUAUUCGUCUUCUAGAUUAUUACUUUCCUUAAGUGAACAAGGUUCCUUACCACAAUGGUUAAAUUUCAUCGACAUGAAUGGUCGUCCCAUCCGUUGUUUCAUCAUCUCCAUAUUAUUUGGUAUGAUUGGAUUCGUGGCUGCUAGCGACAAAAGAGAGGAUGUAUUCACAUGGUUAUUAGCCAUUUCCGGUCUUUCUCAAUUAUUCAUCUGGAUGUCGAUGUCUCUUUCGCACAUUCGUCUACGAGAUGCUAUGAAGAGUCAGGGGAAAUCCCUAGAUGAGAUUGGAUACAAGGCACAGACAGGGUAUUGGGGGUCCUGGUUGGCAGUAUUUAUUGGGUUCUUCAGUCUUGUGACUCAAUUUUGGGUUGCCAUUGCACCUGUAGAAAAACAUGGGGAGUUGGAUGUGGUUAAUUUUUUCCAGAAUUAUCUGGCUUUCCCCAUUGUAUUGGUCGCAUAUUUGGGACAUAAGAUUUAUUAUAAAAAUUGGAGACUCUGGAUACCUGCUGACAAGAUUGAUUUGGAUUCUCAUAGGAGAAUUUACAGUGCUACGGCAGUGGAAGAACAAGAACAAGAACAAGAAGAAGACGAUAUUCAAUCCAUUCAAACGUCUAUAAUAUCUCGUGAUGAGGGUAAGUAA